GUGCGAUCAGCUGACGUCAGUGUAAACAAAAAACAGAGGUGUGUGUGAGAGAGAGGGUGUCACAGACACAGCUGUAUUUCGCCAUCGAUCAACGUAACGUAGAUGGAGGACUAUAUAUCGGGUGUGUAUGUGUAUGUGUGUGAGAGUGUAAGUAAGUGUGUGCGUGCGUGUGUGACGGUUUGAUGUGUCGGUUGAUGCGCCGCGGUGUCUGUGCUGCAGCAGAGCAGCAGGAAACGGCUCAGAGGGGCUUAAAACAUCACAUGCAGCUUCACAGAGGGCCUGUGUGAGAGCAGCUCUACACACUAUUGCUGCUGCUGCUGCUGCUGCGGGGUCUGACCUCUCAGGACUGGUCUGUUGAAGCAGGGUCCAUGGAGGAGCUGGAGCCAGAGGAGCAGUUCCUGCACUGUGCCAGGAAUGGAGAUCUGCCGGGGAUUCAGAGGCUCCUCAUGUCCAAGAUCAGGGAAGAGAUGCAAAUUAACAUCAACUGCAAAGGUAAGAGUAAGUCUAACCUGGGAUGGACGCCUCUUCACUUGGCCUGUUAUUUUGGACACAAAGACGUAGUGGAGGAAUUGCUUAAGGCGGGGGCAGAUGUCAACUUGCCCAAUAACAUCGGAGAUACACCGCUGCACAAAGCCGCCUUCACAGGAAGAAAGGAGGUUGUCAUGCUGCUGCUGCACUAUGAUGCAUGUGCUACUGUCAUCAAUGGGACAGCACAGAUUCCCAAAGAUGUCACUCAAAAUGCAGAGAUCAGAAGCAUGUUAGAAGCGGCUGAGAGAACAGAGGAGAGGAAGCUGGAGGAGCAGCUUUUGGAAGCUGCACGAGAAGGAGACCUUUCAACUCUAACUCAGCUGCUCAGCAGGAAGAAGCCUCCAGAUAUAAACUGCACAGAUCUGCUGGGUAACACCCCGCUGCACUGCGCAGCCUAUCGAGGCCAGAGGCAGUCUGCCCUGAAGCUGAUCAAGAGUGGAGCCAGCCCCAACAUCAAGAACAAGAAUGGCCAGACAGUGUUUGACCUGGCCAGUGAUACAGCAAUGAAGCAGGCGCUCGAAAGCAACGUUCAUCGAGGUAUGACCCGCCAUGUCAAGAAGUAUGAGGGAUUACUCUGGAAGAGCUCCAGAUUCUUUGGCUGGCGCUCCUACUGGGUCGUCCUUCAAGACGGGGUUUUGUCCUGGUACUCAAAACAGUCUGAUGCAGCUGCCAAUGUCAGCAGGCAAGGCUGUAAGUCCCUCACACACGCUCACUGUUUGAUCCGAGCCAAAGAUAACUGCUUUUUUACCCUAAAGUGCUUCGAUGACAGUGUGCAUCACUUCAAAGUAUCACCUAAAAAUGACCCAGAGACAAUGAGACAAGCAUGGCUGGACGCACUGGAGGAGCACUCAGCCUACAGCACACACUACUGCUCCCAAGAGCAGGGCAGCGAGGAGGAGGAGGAAGAGGAAGUGAUGUCACUAGGGGAACUAACAGAUUCACUACAGGCAGCAGAGGCCAGCCAGAAGAAACUGGAGAAGGAGGUGGCAGCUUUCCUGUCCAUGCUGAAAAAUGACGGGCUAUCAGAAAGGUUUCCGUCCACCAUACUGGAGAAAAUGCAGGAAAUCGGUGACUUGUCCAGCAAGACCAGUUCCAGCCUCAGUAUCUGCCUGAGCCUCUUGUCCAGACAGGAAGGGGUGCGCAGUCUGAAAUUGGAGCUGGAGGUAGAGAAGAAUAAGAUCCUCUCCGAAGCACUGCAGACUCUCGCCACGGAGCACCACGAACUUGAGCAAUCCGUCGUCAAAGGAUCUUCACCGCGAAGUGCCCUCAGCGAGGAUGAGUUCCACGACGCCGUGUCUGAAUCGGACUCAGAGCUCUCCGUGAGCGGCUUUGAGACGGUGGCCAGCCAUUCCUUUGAAGAGGACGAGGAAGGCUCUGUCAUGUUAAGCAGCCAUUGCAGCAGCCCCGCCAGCAUGUUGGAGGAGGAUCACCAUGGCGACAAAGACGUGACUCAACCCAAUGGGAUCACAAAGCAUAGGACCAGCUUACCUGCACCAAUGUUUUCAAGAAAUGACUUCAGUAUUUGGAGUAUCCUGAGGAACUGCAUUGGGAUGGAACUCUCCAAGAUUACAAUGCCAGUGAUUUUCAAUGAGCCGCUCAGCUUUUUGCAGCGUCUGACCGAGUACAUGGAGCACACGUACCUCAUCCACCAGGCUAACACCUCCUCAGACUCUAUUGACAGGAUGAAGUGUGUGGCUGCGUUUGCGGUGUCUGCUGUGGCCUCCCAGUGGGAGCGGACAGGUAAACCCUUCAACCCUCUGCUGGGAGAAACCUAUGAACUGGUUAGAGAGGAUCUGGGCUUCAGGCUCAUAUCAGAGCAGGUGAGCCACCACCCUCCAGUCAGCGCCUUUCAUGCUGAGGGCCUGGAGCAAGACUUCGUGUUUCAUGGAUCCAUCUACCCCAAACUCAAGUUCUGGGGCAAGAGUGUGGAAGCUGAGCCGAAAGGCAUCAUCACGCUGGAGCUGCCCAAGUACAAUGAAGCCUACACAUGGACAAAUCCUACAUGUUGUGUUCACAACAUAAUUGUGGGCCAGCUGUGGAUUGAACAGUAUGGAAAUGUGGAGAUAUUCAACCACAGAACUGGUGAGAGGUGCUGCCUGAAUUUCAAACCAUGUGGCCUUUUCGGCAAAGAACUGCACAAGGUUGAAGGGUACAUUCUGGAUAAAAGCAAAAAGAAGCUGUGUGCUCUCUAUGGGAAGUGGACAGAGUGCCUGUAUGUAGUCGAUUCUGCUGCCCUCGAGGCGCAUAAAAAAAAUGACAAGAAAGGGGCAGAAGAGAAAAAAGGCAGCAAACCGGGUUGCAGUGAGGAGGAUGUUCCCUCUCCAGCUGCAGACACCGUGGAGAUGAUUCCUGGCAGCCAGCUGCUGUGGAGAAUCGCACCCAGACCGGCCAACUCUACCCAGAUGUACAGCUUUACAUCAUUUGCAAUGCAGCUGAACGAGCUGCAUAAGGAGAUGGAGGGAAUCAUUCCUCAGACAGACUGCAGGCUGAGACCGGACAUACGAGCCAUGGAGAACGGUGACAUCGACAUCGCCAGUGAGGAGAAAAAAAGACUUGAGGAAAAACAGAGAGCUUCUCGCAAAAGCCGCUCCAAAUCCGAUGAGGAGUGGAAGACAAGGAGUCCUGCCCUUGGCCCAAGGUGGUUUCAGCAGGGGCCAAACCCCCACACCAGCUCCCAGGACUGGCUCUUUUCUGGUGGAUACUGGGACAGGAAAUACAGCCACCUGCCUGACAUUUACUAACGGACAUUUCCUGCUCAGAGAAAUUUGCUCCGUACAGUUUCCCUGUCAGAGAAGCUGCGUUUUGUUUUUUAUGGAACAGCUACAGAAUCUACAAGCAAUAUGCAAACAGUCUACUUAAACUGUGUGGCCUUAAUCUCCUUCAUGAUGGUAAAACUGUGCAUCAAGCAAACAAUCAAUAUUUAAAUGUUAUGAAAUGUAAAGUUGUUUGACAAUGCUUUGAAAUAUAGCAUUGAGACCAGAUUGUUUCUGUUCAUAAUGGACUUUAAGCCCAGUGGAGAGAUGCAUAAAACAGGGGUUGGUGGUUUUAGUGUCCAUCUGUCUUGUUUUAAAUGUUCAUAAUAGUGUUUUGACUCUAAAUGUAUAUCUGUAUAUAUACUUUACACUCUCAACCGUCAGUGACCUCAUCAUGUCAUUCACAUUUCCUCUGGACUCCUGCUCGUUUUGAACAAGUUAAACUCACAACAACCACAGGCACUCAGUUAAUAUGAAGUUGUUGUGGAUGUCAGUCAUUUCUCCUCAUGUAUUUUGCCUAUUGAAAAGUGAGGCUUACAAAACAUACAGUAUAUUUUCUAUAUUAACAUUAUACUUACUUAUUACUUUGAGAACUGACAAGCACUAGAUUUGAUGUUUUUAUCAUCUACUGAAUCGUGUCUGUUGAACUCUAAAAAGGUUUGAUAAUAUUUUUGCUGGAAAUCUGAAAAAAAAACAAAAAACAAAACUGUAUUAUACAACCUGUCAGACAGAUUAACCAAGUUGGUUAGGAGUAAUAAGGUCCCAUGAUGUAGAAAUUAUUGCAUUUUAAAGUGUUUUGUCUUCAUAUAAAGCAUUGGAAGUAUUUUAUUGUAAACCUAAAUAAAACACUUAAGUGUAUUCAUGUAUGUUUUUACCAUGUCUAUGAAGCAUGCCAGAGAUGCAAGAAUUUCAGAGGAACCUGAAAAUAAAAUGUAAUGUGAGCUAAUAGUUCACAAUCUGCUCACAAUCUGGAGGCUAGAAAGAUGAGUGUGAACCAGUGGAUUCCCUUUUUUCCUCCCACUUAUAAAAUAUGGAUUUUGAAGUUGAGUUAUUGCAGCAAAGCUCUUCAAAACAUUGUAUAAAAAAGGUCCUGAUUGCUGACUUUGCAUGUAAAACAUUCUUUUCCCAAAAUAUAGCACCUAAGAGAUGACCCUUCGUAUGUGUACCAAUGAUUUGUAACGCUAGUAAAUUACUUCAAAUCUUU